GAAAGUACCGAAUUCUCCAGAGGCAGACUUUAAGCAACAUUGUAAACAGCAAUUUUGUGACCGCAACAAUGAACGGGCCAGUUUAUGCGUCAUCUUGCCCCGCACUACAGUCAAAUCUGUCGUUACACAGCUCAUCGUAUUACAGCGAAUAUAGCGGCACCACGCGAAGGCGGCUAUCCUCAACGGGCGAGGCUGAUACUUCUGCUACGUCGAGUUACGAGGGUAGUGACAGUUCCGAAAACAGCGACGAGUCUCGUCUCGAUCCGGUUAGCCAGAUGGAACGAGAGCAACUCGAGACCUUCUUCCGCGGACUAAAGUCGCAGGUGUUCGUCUGUGAAUCGCUGGCGAAUCUGUAUCUCGGCAGCGCCUCUCAGACAGAAAGGUGGGAGCUUCGUUUCACCGGAAUUCCCGUGGUAGUUCUUGAUCUUGGGGAGACACGAUCAAGAUCCAAAAGACGGAUUCAAAUCCUACUGGCAGAACGCGGUACUUGCUUCACCCUCUGGCGCGAAACUAUCGACAAUCUUUCAUCGUACAAGGUGUCGGGGCCAGCUUUUCACACGAUGUGUCUCUCGUCGGACCACACUCGCCUGGCCGGGCUUAGCUUCGACAACUCGAAAGCGGCGAACGAUCUGUGGCAGCACAUAGAACGUCUCGUGUCCUGCCCGGAAAACAUCAGCUUAUCGGCGCCAGGCAAGAAGAAGAAGAAGCCCGUACAGAAAAAGGUGGUGUUGCCGGCUAAGAGCAACAUCAGUCAGCCGUGCCAAUUCCAACAUGUAACCAGCGUGGACGCGGCUGACCGUUCGCGUUACUUCUCCCUGCAGACGCUGGUACCGGCGCUGAGCGAGGCGCUGGAGAACUCGUUGGAAGCGAACUUCUGAGACAAGCCUGACGUCUCCAAGUUCUCAUAGGGCCGGCGCAGCGCGACGCCCGACUCCCGCCUUCUUUCCCGGAAGUAAUCCCAUCGAGGAAGAAGGAUCCACUUAAUAUCGAGUACGGGAAAACGGAUCAAGGAGUCCAGGAGACACUCUUACACACCGGGCGUCUCGGAUCGCGAAUGUGUCGAGAACUGUCGAAGGGAGGCGAGGAACGCUAAGAAGGCGACACUGCGGAUUCCAUCGGAAAUCCAUCCUUUUAUCUUUUUGCUCUUCCUCCGAAGUAGUCGUAGUAGAAGGUCCUAGGGCCCAAGACGGGGAGGAGAUAUAUCGACGAAGCUUUAAGCACGAUGAUGAAAAGAGAGGGCGAAUACUUUUCCCGAGGAGCUCUUCCGGCUCCCGGUAAUUUUACUUGAAUUCAUCUCUAUUCUUCUCUCGUGUCUCUCCCGAUAUAAUAUCAUCCAGCUAGGUGGUAAGAGCUAAUGGUUAAGUAAAGCGCGCUGAAUCCCGAUGUUCCGCGUUAUCCUUGUUCUCGUGCAUCGAGGCGAAAUCAGCAUCUCCGAGGGAGAAAUCGAGAAGGGCUCGAAGGGCUCGAAGGGCUCGCGAAGAGAGACGUAGAAGGGCGGGGCGACCGGAGAAGGAGGGUCUCGUGUCUUCUCCGAAAUAGACACUAAUCCGUUAGUGUCACGCGCACAAACUGCGAGAUCGUCCGCAGGCCAAGACGGCACAUUCAUCAAUCCCUCUAUAAGCACCUCUCGAGAGUGACUGCGAUUGAUGCCCGCGACUGCGAAUUCUGACUUGCGGGCCCCCCGGGCGAAACAGAAAGUAUCCCCGAGGCGACUCCCCGGAUCUCUCCCCGUUCACGCGCCGUUCCACUCUCUUUCUCUUCGAGGAGUUCUUCGAGUUGGCGACUAUCGAUGUCGUGAGAUUUAUUAUAGACGCAAAGAAAGUUCUCUAUCGAACGUUACAGCGAUAAAUGAUCUAUUCGUUCCCGUCCGCGAGGAACGCUUUUAAAAGAUUAUUUCAUUGUCAUUAAUUCACAUCGGAUAUCGGAUAUGUUAAAUGUUUCAAUUUCUGAAUAAAAAUAGGAGCAAAGAAAUUAA